AUGGCUACUCAAAAAGAUAAUAACCCUGAUAUCAUCCAUCUCGAAACUCCCCCUACACAAGACAACUCCAAGAAUAUCACCAGCGAGAUCACUCCUGUCCCAAAGCCCAAUACUGAAAUUCCCCUUGCAGGCAGAGACAAAGCUGCCCAGUUUCUCAAACAAGCCAACCAAUCCGCAGUUGUCGUUACCCCCAGCGAAAAUGCUCGCAUCCUCCGCAAGAUCGACCUCCACAUCCUCCCCAUCAUCCUCUUCGUCUACUGCCUCCAGUCUCUAGACAAGACCACCCUUUCUUAUGCCUCAGUCUUCGGACUCAUCGACGACACGCACCUGGUGGGCGAGCAGUUUUCAUGGCUGGGCUCCGUGGUGUACGUCGCCCAGCUGGUCUUCCAGCCGCUGGUGGCGUACGCACUGGUGAAGUGGCCAGUGGGAAAGUUUUGCGCAACGAUGGUGUUUUGCUGGGGGGCGGUGCUUUGUGGGAUGACGGCGGCAACGAAUUUUGGGGGGUUGAUGGCGGCGAGAUUAUUAUUGGGUGCUUUUGAAGCCUCAGUUGCCCCGACGUUUAUUGCGGUCGUUCAGAUGUGGUAUCGACGAAAGGAGCAGACAACCCGUAAUGCAUCUUGGUAUGCUAUGCUUGGAGUUGUCAACAUGCUCGGAAGUCUCCUCGCAUACGGCCUAGGUCACAUCAAAUCGACUCUCCGACCAUAUCAAAUCAUCUUUCUAUUCUGUGGCUGCAUCACCGUUGCUUUUUCAGUCGUCAUGUUCUUCUUCAUGCCUGAUUCACCCAUGGAGGCCAAGUUCCUCAAAGACGACGAAAAAGUCAUUGCCAUUGAGCGUCUCCGCAUGAAUCAGAUGGGCAUUGGCUCUGGUGUCUGGAAAUGGGACCAUGUCCGCGAAGCCAUGCUCGACCCAAAGACGUGGCUCUGGUUCAGCCUCAUGCUCACGAUUUCUAUCCCUAGCGGUGGCAUCUCUACUUUUGGUCCUCUCAUCAUCCAGUCUUUCGGCUUUGACUCGUUCACCACGAUCCUCUUCUAUAUCCCCUUUGGCGCCGUCCAGAUGAUUUCUACUCUUGGUGGUGCCUGGGUCUCGGACAAAAUACACAUGAAGUCCGCCGUUCUAUUGUUCCUCUGCCUCCCCCCCAUCGCAGGCUGCGUCGUACUCCUCGUCACAGGCCGUGCUCCAGCUGACCGAGCUGUUCUCCUUGUCGGAUACUACAUCAUUUCCGUGUACCCGGGAAUUUCUCCUCUCAUCUACUCUUGGUCCGGGCAGAAUACCGCCGGUGAUACAAAGCGAAAAGUAACCACCGCUAUGCUCUUUAUUGGAGCGAGCGUCGGCAACAUUGUAGGCCCGCAGCUUUUCAAGCCCAGUGAGAAGCCGCGCUACGACCGCGGCCUGCGAUCAAAUCUGGCCCUCUUUGUGGUGCUGGCAGUUUUAAUCGUUCUAGGCAUGCUUUGGAUCAAGAUCCUCAACAGACGACAAGCGGCUAGACGGCGAGAGCUGGGCAAGUCAGAAGUGUUACGCGAUCUGAGCAUGAUGGACAGGAAGAAAGGUGGCAGUGAGUAUGACGAGGAAGUUCUCAACAUGGGAGACGAGAAUGUUGGAGACAAGGCAUUCGAAGACGUGACGGACUUGCAAAAUGAAGAUUUCAUCUAUGUUUAUUGA